AUGCACGUAGAUUACUCUGUGUAUCUGGUGACUGACAACACUCCUGCCAUUCUUGGCGACCAUGAUCUUGUUGAAGUUGUUCGUGCUGCUGUAGAAGGAGGUGUCACAAUUGUUCAGUUGCGUGACAAAACAAGCGAUACUGCCGAGCAGAUUCGCAUUGCUAAAGCUCUCCAUGCCGUGACCAAGCCUGCAAACGUUCCUCUUCUCAUCAAUGAUAGAGUAGAUGUAGCUUUGGCUGCUGGUGUUGAGGGAGUCCACAUCGGCCAGGAUGACAUUGGUAAGCCUACUCUACAGCAUCACCUACCGUCUUUGAAAAGUCCGAAACUUGAACAAGGCUUCGAACCCAUGUGUUGCUCUCCUAAUCUGACUCGUGAAUCUGACUGUGACGCCAUCAUCGGUGUAACCGCAAACUCUCUGGAAGAAGCAGAGAUUGCUGCUAAAGGAGGAGCUGACUACCUAGGCGUGGGAACCGUCUUCGCCACUCUCACAAAGGAAAACACAAAGUCCAUCAUUGGCACUUCUGGAGUUCAGCACAUCCUCUCAUCUUUGGCUCAAUCCGCACCCGAGAUCAAGACCGUCUGUAUCGGCGGCAUCAACGCAAAGAACUGCCAACGUGUACUUCAUCAGACUGCAGCUGCAGAGAAGAGUCUCGAUGGCGUCGCUGUCGUUAGUGCCAUCAUGGCUGCCAAAGACCCCAAGAAGGCAGCUUCCGAUCUUCGCCAACUUGUUGCAACUCCUCCUCCCUUCGCUACCUCGAUCUCUGCUCCAGCACUCUCCCACGAGGACAUUGUGCGCAAGAUCCCAGAGCUCGUCAAGCGUCUGGCCAGCAAGAAGCCGCUCUGCCACAACAUGACCAACCUGGUGGUGCAGAACUUUGCAGCAAACGUCGCUUUGGCCGUUGGCGCAAGUCCCAUCAUGUCGAACAACAGCAUGGAAGCCAGUGAUCUCGCAUCUUUUGGUGGUAGUCUUGUUAUCAACAUGGGCACCACUACCCCCGAGAUGCGUACUCACCACUUGAACACCAUCGCUGCCUACAACAGUGUUGGUGGACCUAUCUUGCUCGAUCCUGUUGGAGCAGGAGCUACUCAACAACGCCGUGAGGGUGUCGCAGCGCUCAUGCGCGGUGGUUACUUCGAUGUUAUCAAAGGCAACGAAGGUGAAAUUCGCACUGUAUCUGGCGCCACAGGCUUCAAGCAGCAUGGCGUCGACAGUGGUGCUUCAAACUUGAACUUGGACGACCGUGUCAAACUCGUCAAGUCUAUCGCUGCCAAAGAGCGUAACGUGAUUUUGAUGACUGGUGAGGUAGAUGUCAUUUCCGAUGGCAAACGUACUUUUAAGAUUAGCAACGGGCAUUCAUACCUGGGUGAAAUCACCGGAAGUGGGUGCACGUUGGGUACUACAAUUGCGAGUCUGCUGGCUAUCGAGAGGGAGGACAAGUUGCUCGCAGCUGUGACCGGCAUUCUGAUGUAUGAGAUUGCUGCCGAAAGGGCUGCGAAGAAGGAAUCUGUCAAAGGCCCUGGCAGUUUUGUCCCAGCUUUCAUCGACGAGCUGUACGCGAUCCGCCAGGAGAGCGCCGCAGAAAACGGAGAAUGGGCAAAGGGGGCAAAGAUUGAAAGUGCUGAUAACUAG